AGUCUUCAAUUUUUAUUAUUACUUAGUACACAAAUUGAGUUUCUUUAGAAUUUUUUUUUUAAUCUUAGUAAUAAUAUUCCUAACAUCGUAUAUUAAAAAAGUAAAAUAAAAAAAUGUCUGGUAAAAAAGACGUUAUUCCACACACCGUUAAUCCUGAUCUACUGAGAGAACGUCGUGCAGCCAGUUUUCGGGUAUAUGAAUUCGCAUGUUGGUGGCAUGGAGGCGCUGAAAAGCUACGCUUCAAGAGAGACUUGGAACAAGAAAUCUUCAAGGAUCUGACAGAUCAUAAUACACUGCUGCAUUAUAAGUCGCAUGAGGAAAUCUGCGAGAUAGCGGUAAAACAAUCCAUCGAGCUAGCAAAGAAGCUGCGUGCAAUGCAGGCCCGCAUUAACCCGGGCGGUAAUGAAAUAUGGCCCAAACUUUACUCGUCGUCCAUGGUUUGGGGCGCUGUGCCCGCUGGGCAUCCGUUUGCCGUGCAGUACGCCAUGAUGGUUGAUGCGAUCAAGAAGCAGGGCACCGACGAACAGUGGGAACGCUUUGGCAAGCGCCGCGUGGAGAAUUUCGAAAUCUGUGGCACUUAUGCGCAGACAGAGUUGGGCCAUGGCACAUUCCUGCGUGGACUGGAGACGCGCGCCGAUUACGAUCGGACAACGGACGAAUUCGUGCUGAACUCGCCAACGCUGAGCGCAUACAAAUGGUGGCCUGGUGGCUUGGGUCACUGCAGCAACUAUUGCCUGCUGGUGGCGCAGCUCUACAUUGACGAUAAGCCGAAGGGCGUACAAAUGUUCAUAGUGCAAUUGCGUGACGAGGAGACACAUUUGCCGCUGCCGGGGAUUGACAUUGGCGAGAUCGGACACAAGAUGGGUUUCUACGGCGCAAAUAAUGGAUUCUUGGGCUUGAAAAAUGUGCGCAUACCACGCACGAAUAUGCUGAUGCGCAACGCAAAAGUCUUGCCGAAUGGCACAUUCGUGAAGAGUCCAGCAUCCGUGCUAACCUACUUUACGAUGGUUAUGAUGCGUUGCGUGAUUGUGCAAAAUAGUUCGACACUGCUCGCGGUGGCCGCCACAAUAGCUACACGCUACUCUUUUGUGCGCCGUCAAAGUCCGAUCAAUCCGAACGAGCCGGAGCCACAAAUAAUUGAUCAUGUAACGCAACAGCUUAAAGUCUUCCCGGAAAUCGCUAUUUCGAUUGCGUAUCAACUCGCCGCAAAGUCUUUGUGGUCAUUGUAUUAUGAAACCUACGCAGACAUAGAGCGUGGCGAUUACACACGGCUGCCAGAAUUGCACAACCUGUCAUGUGCGCUUAAAGCGCUCUGCGCUGCCGAUUCAAAUGUGGGCGCCGAACGUCUACGACUCGCCUGUGGCGGCCACGGUUACUUGACCUCAGCCAACUUGCAUCGCAUCGUCGCAGCCGCAGCGGCCGCUUGCACGUAUGAGGGCGAGAAUACGGUGCUGUUGCUGCAAGUCGGACGUUUUCUAAUAAAGUCCUGGAGCGCUGCUAUCGCGGGCAAACCGCUUACACCAACAGCGAGUUAUUUGGCAGGGCCAGCGCAAGGCAAAGCUUUUGGUCCGUGGACAGGUGAUUGGGCGAAUAUUGUUGCGACGCUACAGUAUGCGGCUGCAAAUAAGGUGCGCUUGGCCUAUGAGAAUUUAGCGCAGCGACUAAAGCAAGGCCAAUCUGAAGGAGAAGCGGCCAAUAAUACGGGCAUUGAGCUAACGCAAGCCGCUGAGCUACAUGGUCGUUCCUUUGUCGCUGCCACAUUUCUAGCUCAUGUCACCGGUUCCGAAGCCGCUGAACGUUCUGCUGCUUUGAACAGAGUGCUGCAGCGUCUCUUGGAACUCUACUUGGUGCAUACAACGCUGCGCCAUUUGAGUGAUAUACUGCAGUGCAUCAGCUUCAGUGACGUUGAGCUGCGCUCGCUUCAAACUCGCCUAGAGACCGCUUUGAAGCAGUUGCGACCCGAUGCUGUGCCGAUAGUUGAUGGUUUCGAUUUUCCUGAUCGCUUGCUGAGCUCAACUUUGGGCUCGUAUGAUGGUAAUGUUUACGAGCGUAUGUUUGAUUUAGCUAAACAGAGUCCCUUGAAUCAGCAGCCAGUGCCGAAGUCAUUCCAUACAGUGCUUAAGCCUUUUCUAAAGUCGAAUUUAUAAAGCUACUGUACUUUUAGCUAAAAUGUUUGAUAUUUUUCAACACCGGCUUGUAUUGUAGGGUUUAGGAUGGCAAUUUUUAUGGAAACAAUUUUUUUUUCCAAUAAAUUAUGUAGCU